GGGUCUUUCUUUGGGGAAGGAGGGACGUGGCGCGGAGAGGGGAGCUAGGGUUGGCCCCGCCUUAAAAUAAUAAAAAAAGAACCAGAGAAGGAUACCUGUUUCUUGGUUGGGCGAAACUUCGUUUGAUGGGUCAGGUGUCAGGCAACUUUUAACAUGUCAGGAGCCUUUAAGAAGGGUUGGUUGGGAGGUGGCUUGUCUAAAAGGCCUCCGAUGACAGAGCACAAGUUGCUGAGUGCUGGGCCUACAGAGCCAUGGUCUAUCCGGGAAAAACUUUGCUUGGCUUCUUCAGUCAUGCGGAGUGGAGACCAAAACUGGGUGUCUGUCAGCAGAGCCAUCAAACCCUUUGCAGAGCCCGGCCGCCCACCUGAUUGGUUUUCCCAAAAGCAUUGUGCAUCACAAUAUUCUGAGCUUCUGGAGACCACAGAGACCCCAAAAAGAAAGCGUGGUGAGAAGGGAGAAGUGGUAGAAACUGUGGAAGAUGUAAUUGUGAGAAAACUGACAGCAGAGCGUGUUGAGGAGUUAAAGAAGAUGAUUAAGGAGACACAGGAAAAGUACAGGCAGCUGAAGAGGGAUGCAGAACUGAUCCAGGCAGGGCACAUGGACCAUAGGCUGGAGGAACUGUGCAAUGACAUUGUGGUGAAGAAAAGAAUGGAAGAGGAGGAGGCAGAAGUGAAGAGAAAAGCUACAGAUGCUGCUUAUCAAGCUCGUCAGGCAGUUAAGAACACAUCACGAAGACCUCCAGGAAUUAUGGUCCGUUCUCCUGCAGGCUCAACCUCGCCAGGAGCAGACUACAGUCUGGGUGACUUAUCUCAACCUACGUUGGAAGAGGCUAGUCCAGGGGUAACUCCAGGGACAUUGCCCAGCACCCCAGUUGCCUCCUUCAUUGGGAUCCCUGACACCCCUAUGGGCUCCACCUCCCUGGAUGCCCCCAUGACCCCAGUCACAGAUGAUUCAGCCCAGAAAAAGAUGCUAGGACAGAAAGCAACUCCGCCUCCUUCUCCUCUGCUUUCAGAGCUGCUGAAGAAGGGCAGCCUCCUGCCCACAAGCCCCAGGCUGGUGGGUGAGAGCGACAUGACAGUAGUUUCUGGUCACACAAGCAGCUCUGGACUCCUCCUGGAGGUGGGAGGGGUUCUUCCAGGGCUGCACGGUGGAGAAAUGCAGUCAGCUUCAACUACUGUUCCUGCAUCUCCUGCUGCUUCAGGUGCUCCUACACUUUCCCGCCUUUUAGAAGCUGGUCCAGCGCAAUUCACCACAUCGCUUGCUUCCUUUUCUACUGUUGCCAGUGAACCUCCAGGCAAACUCCUGCCUCCCCCUGUAGAGUCCGUGUCUCAGGCAACUCUAGUCAUGGUGCCCACGCUACAAGCACCAGCUGCUGUGCCACCCGCUGCAACUCCUGAAAGUGUAGCGACAGUGAGUCAGCCCAACACCUGUGUUUCCAUGGAGGCAGUGCCUGAUCCUCACACUGUGACAGUGUCAAUGGACAGCAGUGAGAUUUCCAUGAUCAUUGAUUCCAUCAAGAAAGAUUGCCUGGGCUCUGGGGCAUCUGGUGCUGUAGGGACUUCCAAAGACCACAGCAUUAAUGGGAAGGAAGACCUAGAUCUGGCGGAGAAGAUGGACAUUGCAGUUUCCUACACGGGGGAAGAACUGGACUUUGAGACUGUUGGGGACAUCAUAGCUAUCAUUGAGGACAAGGUGGACGACCAUUCUGAAGUCCUGGAUGUAGCAGCAGUAGAGGCUUUCUGCGAAGAGAUUGAGGAUCCUCAGUCACUGACCGACCCCUGGGAGCACCCACUCCAACGAGAGCACCCAAUCCAACAGGAGCAUGAGAAGCAGAGUCAGAUCCCCCCAAUGGCUGUGACUGUAAAGCAGGAGAGACCAGACUGUGAGGAAUCAGAGGCUAAGGGGAUCAGAGAUCUGAUGAGCAUUGGGGAUCUGGGAACAGAAAUAAAGACGGAGCCUUCUGAGCAGGGACAGAUUCAUCUGAGCCCUGGGGAAGCUUCUGCACUAGCAACCAGAACAAGUGAAACCCCUGAAGAUGAAGAGACACGGGUUGCUGGUCUGGAGUGCUCUGAAAUGGAGAUGGAAUCAUCAAAGGUUGAAAUGGAUCAUGGCACAGUGAAGACAGAGCUUCCCCCUGAUGAUGAUACUUCCUCCCCACAUGCUCCAAGUGCAAGCGAAGAUUCCUCACAAGCAGAUCUUCACCACAAAUAUGAGCUUUCAGAAUCAAUGAAGGAGGAAGCCCAAGCUCUUUUUGAGAACCAACUGAAGGGUGAAGAGGAUGAGGAGGAUGGUGCCAGUGAGGCUGCCAGUCUGGAAGAGCCCAAAGAGGAAGAUCAGGGUGAGGGAUACCUCUCUGAAAUGGACAAUGAGCCCCCUGUGAGUGAGAGUGAUGAUGGCUUCAGUAUCCAUAAUGCGCCUUUGCAGUCUCACACUUUGGCUGAUUCCAUUCCCAGCAGCCCCGCCUCCUCACAGUUCUCUGUUUGCAGUGAGGAUCAGGAGGCUAUUCAGGCUCAGAAGAUCUGGAAAAAGGCUAUUAUGUUAGUUUGGAGAGCAGCAGCCAAUCACAGGUAUGCCAAUGUCUUCUUGCAGCCCGUGACCGAUGAUAUAGCUCCAGGUUACCACAGUAUUGUACAGAGGCCAAUGGAUUUAUCAACCAUUAAGAAGAAUAUUGAGAAUGGGCUAAUCCGGACCACAGCAGAGUUCCAGCGUGAUAUUAUGCUGAUGUUCCAAAAUGCUGUCAUGUACAACAGCUCUGACCAUGAUGUAUACCACAUGGCUGUGGAAAUGCAGCGAGAUGUCUUGGAGCAGAUUCAGCAAUUUCUAGCCACACAGUUGAUCAUGCAGACGUCUGAGUCUGGGAUCAGUGCAAAAAGUCUGCGUGGACGAGAUUCCACUCGGAAACAAGAUGCUUCAGAGAAGGACAGUGUCCCCAUGGGCUCCCCUGCCUUCCUCCUUUCUCUCUUUGAUGGGGGGACCAGAGGGCGGCGUUGUGCCAUUGAAGCAGAUAUGAAGAUGAAGAAAUGAUGCUGAAGAUAGGAAACAGCCCAGUCUUUGGUGUCUGGACCCAGGAAGCAAAAUGAGAACCUUCCUGAUCCUGAGGACGAAAUGGCUAUAGACAGGGAAGGGCUGACCUGUCAGUAAUAAAGAAUAUCCAUCAUCCUGGAAUGUGUAACCAGGGUAAUACCAGAAACAAGAGAGCAGCCCCACUGCCUGUUGUAGGGCAGCAGUAUUGGGGUCCUAUUAGUGUCCUCAUAUUAGCUAGCGAUUGGUGGCUAGUACGUACUGUAAUGUGAAGUGUACAGAUUUUUUUGUAUUUGUGGAGUGUAAAUGUGUAUAAUAAACUGUAGUAGAGAAUCCUGUAGA